UUGGUGUGCAUGUUCUAAAGCAUCCCCGAUGCUUCAGUUCAAAAGCGCGCAACGUCGUUCCCGCGAGAGCCGACCUCCGAUGAACGGCGAAGCUCCGGAGGAAUGAUCCCGCCUCCGACCAUACUCUUCCGAUGCAGUCCUCACUCGCCACCAAAGCCGGCAAGCUCGCGCGCAGAUUCACCUCCCUCUCCGCAUCCCUCGCCGCUCCGUCUCCCCGCCGUCGCGUCCCCACCAUCGACGGCGGCGGCGGCUGCGGCGGCGGCGGCUGCGGCGGCGGCACCCCCGUCGCGAACAAGCGAGCGGCGGAGCAGAGCUGCCUAGCUUCCCUCCGGCUCUGCGACGCCGUCCCGAAGCUCGCCCAGGCCCACACCCACAUCAUCAAAUCGGGCCUCGGCAACAACCCGCUCGUCCUCGCCAAGUUCGCUUCCGCGUCCGCGGAGCUCGGCGCCGUCGACUUCGCCUGCUCCUUCGUCUUCGCGCCCGACGCCGACGCUCGCCUCUACGACACAUUCCUCUACAACACCGUCAUCCGAGCUUGUGCCCAGAGCCAACGCCGAAAGGCCCUGGCUUUUUACGAUCUCAUGCUUAGGUCCGGCAUUUCGCCGAACAAGUUCACGUACCCUUUUGUCCUUAAGGCCUGUGCCGGCAUUGGGGACUUGAGUUUGGGCAGGUCGGUUCACGGCUCGGUGGUCAAGUUCGGGUUCGAUGAGGAUGUUCAUGUGCAGAACACGAUGGUUCACAUGUACAGCUGUUGUGGACGGGGGAUCGAGUUUGCAAGGAAGGUGUUCGAUGGAAUGACGAAGCUGGACUCUGUUUCGUGGAGUGCCAUGAUCGGUGGGUAUGUACGUUUAGGCGAAUCGGGGGAUGCCGUCGCCUUAUUUAGGAAGAUGCAGAUUGCCGGGGUCAAGCCUGAUGAGAUUACUAUGCUUUUGGUGUUGUCGGCUUGUGCGGAUUUAGGUGCCCUUGAGCUGGGGAGGUGGGUUGAGUCCUAUGUUGCAAGAGAAAAUGUUCAAAAGACCGUGGAGCUGUGCAAUGCUCUUAUUGACAUGUUUGCCAAGUGCGGCGACGUCGAUAGUGCAUUAAGGUUGUUUCAAAGUAUGAGCAACAAAACAAUUGUUUCGUGGACUUCUGUCAUUGGUGGUCUUGCAGUACAUGGCGGCGGUGUGGAGGCUGUUUCUCUUUUUGAUGAGAUGAUAGCAGCUGGGGUGGUACCGGACGAUGUUGCCUUCAUUGGCUUGCUUUCGGCUUGUAGUCACUCUGGCUUGGUUGAGAAGGGCAGAGAUUAUUUCAACUUGAUGACAAAGAGAUUUGGUAUUGAACCUAAGAUAGAGCACUAUGGUUGCUUGGUAGAUCUGCUCUGUCGGGCUGGUCUCAUCCGAAAGGCCAUAGAGUUUGUUGAGGAAAUGCCCCUUGAACCGAACCCAGUUAUUUGGCGAACCCUGAUUAAUGCUUGCCGUGCACAUGGUGAGCUCAAGCUUGGGGAGGACAUUACCAAAAGGUUAAUUGGAAAAGAGCCCAUGCACGAGUCAAAUUAUGUUUUGCUCUCGAAUAUAUAUGCUAAAAUGUCGCAUUGGGAAAAGAAAACCAAGAUCAGAGAGGUGAUGGACACCAAGGGAAUGAGAAAGAUUCCUGGAAGUACAUUGAUCGAACUGGAGAAUGAGAUUUAUGAAUUUGUGGCUGGCGACAAGUCGCAUGAUCAGUAUAAGGAAAUCUAUGAGAUGUUGGAUGAGAUGGGGAGGGAGAUAAAGAAGGCUGGAUAUCUUCCAUCUACGUCAGAGGUGCUCCUUGAUAUUAAUGAAGAGGAUAAGGAAGAUGCUGUGAAUAGGCACAGCGAAAAGUUGGCAAUUGCAUUUGCUCUUCUCAGGACACCACCUGGAACUUCAAUCCGCAUAGUGAAGAAUUUGCGAGUUUGUGAGGAUUGUCACUCUGCUACCAAAUUCAUCUCCAAAAUUUAUGAUCGAGAAAUAGUUGUGAGGGACAGGAAUAGAUUUCACCAUUUCAAGGAUGGCCUGUGCUCAUGUGGAGACUUUUGGUGAUAUGGCCCUGCAUUGUGGGACUCACACGAAGUGAAACAUCAUGUUUCAUUGCUUGGGAUCCAAUGUUUUAUCUCCACUCAAAAGUUUCACUUGUAGAGAGAGAAUGUCCUAUGCAAGGCGCAAAUGUUCUUCACUCGGAAGUUCUUAGCCAGAAACCUCAAAACAACAUGGAUUGGAGCAUAAGAUGGGAUGGAGCUGGCUUUCUUUCUCACCAGAGACCUUCAUGAAACAUUCAUUUUCGGCAGGAACCAGAGUUUCGACAAGGUGCUAUUUGCUUUUAUUUGUAUACUAACUACCGAGUGUUGGAUAAACCUGGAGAAUCUUGCAGCGGCCGCCACCGCAUUUCUUCUCUUCAGGAUCCUUGUGAGAUUUGUGAACUGAGAAAUAGGAAUUGGCAGCCUGGUUUUUCAUCUUGAGCGCACUGUUGCUCUUACGAUUAUUGUGACAACCCUACACCGAGUGCCAUCUGGGAGGAGCAAUGUGUUUUACAUUGGGGGCGCCAGAUUGGAAUAACAAGGUAAUACACCAUAAAGAUAGCCUGAUUGAGCCAGGGUCGUGUAAGCAGGAUCUGCAAAAUUAGUCAUGGAAAUUGAGAUGCCCCCAGAACUGAAACUUCAUCUUCAAAAUCAAACAGCAUACGCUGAGCUUUUCAGAAUUAAGGUAGGGAUGUGUUGCCGACACACUAAGUGGGAAAGGGAAUAUAAAUUAUGGUUUGUCCUUGCUCUCGUCGAGAAGAAUUAAUUGGAUCAUCACAUGAACCGUUGUCGAGACAAUUUAAUUAAGCUUUGCCGCCCAGACUGAGAGCCAAGGACAGAGCUACGGGGUCUGAUGCUAAGAGCUCGCUUGAAAUCAGUUGUGCCGUGGGGAUCCACAUCAUGCUUCUUAUCAGGGUAAUUUUCUUUAGCUCUCUGCAAUUCCGCAAGGUCGGGCCAAGAAUGAAGAGGACAGAAUGCACGACUUUGCAAGGUUUGGCCAAGAACAAAGAGGGGGGAUGCUGUUCUCGUGGAUUGCUCCACAUAUAAGAUCAUAACUCAAAACAGGGGAAGCAUUUGACGGAAGAAGCAUCUUCUUAAGGUGUAUGACCAUGGGGAGAUGCUUUUUAGCCUUUUUGACCGCACACGCUGCACGAACUUCCUGGGAGUUUCACCGAGCUAAGACAUUGUUUUAUUACACAGAUCGAGACAAAACGGUCAAAACUCUGCACUUGCUUUUCAUGUAUUUGAACAGUGCCAUGAUAAAUCACAGAUUAAGACAAAUUAUUCAA